CCAACCAUGUCUGUCCAAGCUUUGUGCUCUGCGCUUCACAUUCUCGCGAAUUAUAACACAUUUAGCGGUCAAUAUUCCUGCCAGUGGUCGGUGCAUCCUUGGAUGUCAAACGCUCCACUUUCCUGUCAGCGCACAAUUACAAGACUCCUAGACCUCGGUAAGCAAUGAAGCCUGUUAGGAGCCCUAUACCGGAUUAUACUGUACACAGCAGGCGUAUGACUCUCAUUGUAUGACCACCAGAUUUCGAGCAAAGUCCGAACUUCGUACUCAGAUUCUUGUCAUCCGCUCCGGAAUCGCUGGCCGCCGCUAGCGGUGGGCUGCGCAACGUCCUUCGUGGGAAGAUACUGGUAGGAAAUGUGGUUUGACAAUGGUUCGAUAUCCUCAGAGACGGAGAGCGCGCUGUGUACGGUUAUUUGUGAAGUUUCCAUAACCGGUCAUUGUUCUUCGCCUAGUUACGGCGUGUCAUCAAGAACAAUGAACUGCCACUUCCGCACAAAAGCUAUUGUGCACGCGGCUAAUGAUGGUCCUUUGUGGCCUUACAAAAAGUUCGGUGUGGUUGAUCCACUACCCAAUUGCCUCCAUCCCAGUCUCGUGCUCUCGCCACCCGUCUUUGUGCGGUAUACAGUCUCUUUUACUUUUGCUAGUGCAGGAUCACUAGCAGACGCACUCUAAUCAACUUCUGUCUUUCACGUCAAUUCUUACUCUCUUAAUCUGCCUUAAUACUUGUCCAAGAUGCCUAAGCUCGCAACUAUCACAUUCUUUGGAUUGAAUGCCGUCCGUGCGUUGAGCAUCAUCACUCUGCUGCUCCUUUUCUCCAGCAGUAUCGUCACUAUGGCCGCCGACAUAAAAGCUGUCAACGCGUUCAUUGCGGCUGGGAAAGACUCGAAUUCGUCGAGUAACUCAACCAUGUCGGCGCUGAACUGCACAGAGGAUGAUUGCGACUAUAUCGAAGGAAGCACAGUCCCGAACCAGCCGGCAGGCGCGUUCUGGGCGGUGCUCAACAGACUUUUGAUCAUUUUCCAGGCCAUCGUGCUCAUCCUCUCUGAAAUCGGCUGGCCAGCUCAGUUCUUCGAUAAGUUCUUCCCAGUUCUAGGGAAAGACUUUGGGCUCGGUGCUCUAGGCGUCAUCCAAGGCCUACUGGGCGCAGCCGUUCUGUCGCAUCAUGUUGACGAGUUCUCGCUCGUGUCCGCCUUCUUCCUCUUCGCUGUUGGAUGCUUGAACAUGCUCCUGGGACUCAUCUUCCGCGAGCGCGCAAAGGCACAACGUUCUAUUCGCGCUUGGAGGGAUGGCACCAAAGACGUCUUGCCCAACCCUGCUACCGCCACUGGAGCACAGAUUGUGACACUACCCUUCAAUUUCACAGGUAAUUAUGAGAAGGGCCCUAUUGGUGCGAUGCGCACAGGCAGCUCAUCAAGCUCAAGAGCCGGAAUGGGUUUCGGUAGACAGGGACAGAAGGCUGCAGAAGCGCGAGGAUACAUGGUACAACAACCGGGGGAGUCUUUGCCCACUUACGUGCCGAAGAAGAAGGCAGAGUCUCGCGCAAGCUCGCCUGUUCCUUGAACUCAUAACGAAACACUUCGAAGAAGAUGACGUUCACGUUUUCACAUUCUUUGCAUGUCGUGGUUUAAUGACCAGUUCAAUGAUUUUUCCUCAGGGCUGUCCAUGUAUUAUAACCGUAUCCUCGUCCUUUGUAGCUGUAGUUUACUAGUAUUGCGUAUCCAACGAUAUUGAGAAAUAUCUGUGCCGCUGUGAGCAAAAAGAAUUUUGACGAGAUAUGGCUCAGUUCGGGCUCGAAUCGGAGACCUGUCGUACGUAAUAAAUCAACUGCCAUCCA